GAGGAAGUAAGGCGUCGCUAUAUUAACCACGUCCUCCUCGGGUAGAACCCCUUCAUCUAUCUACCAACUCAUCAACUCAACUGCCCACUCGACCAGAAUCGGAAUUACAGAGAGAUACCCCCGAAACUUAAGAAAGACAGCAACGAGAACAAAGCGAUGUCACAAGGAACCCGCCUAAAAGACAAAGUAGCCAUCAUAACCGGAGGAAGUUCCGGCUUCGGCGCCGCGAUCGCCUCUCGCUUCAGCAACGAAGGCGCCUCCGUCGUGAUCGCCGACCUGAAUGCUCCUCCCACCUUAGAGCCGUCAUCACCGAUACACUUCGAGCGAGUCGACGUGACGGUCGCGGAGGAUUGGAAGCGGGUGGUGGAUGUCACCGUCCGAAAGUUCGGGCGCGUGGAUGUGCUGGUUAAUAAUGCGGGGACGACGUAUCGGAAUAAACCAACGGCGGAGGUCACGGAGGAGGAAUGGGAGCGCGUGUUCAACGUCAACGUCAAGAGUAUCUUCCUCGGAAGUCAGGUGUUCGUGGCGCAAGUGCUUGAGCAAGGCGACGGCGGGGGGUCGAUGAUUAAUAUCUCGUCGACGGGGGCGAGUAGGCCGCGGCCUGGGUUGGUGUGGUAUAAUGCUUCCAAGGGGGCGGUGUCGAAUGCAACAAAAGGCCUCGCGGCGGAGUACGGCCCGCACAAUAUACGCGUCAACACCGUCUCGCCUCUGCUGUCUGGGACGGGCCUGUUCGCCAUGUUCACAGGCAUGCCGGAUACUCCCGAGAACCGCGAGAAGUUCAUCGGGAAUGUGCCCCUGGGCCGAUUGACGCAUGUCGACGACGUCGCCAAUAUGUGCUUGUACCUGGCGAGUGACGAGGGGAGUUUCAUCAAUGGCGCGGAGAUGAUUGUCGAUGGUGGGAAGUGUAUCUGAGUCUCCACAUGGUGAGGCGCGGACCGGGAUAUACACUUGGUAGUUCGGUGAAGUUUAUGUGGCUA